GUGCCUGCGUAGUAUAGCCAUCAAUCAUUCGGUCAUUUGUUUAAAUAUCAAUAGAGAGAUAAAAGUAUUAAACACAGUGACAGAGAGAGAAGAAAGAAGAGGACGAUGAAAGCAGAAGCAGAAAUUAUCUUUGUUACAUAUCCAGCCCCUGGUCAUCUUCUUGUCUCCAUCGAAUUCGCUAAAUCUCUCAUCAAACGUGAUGAUCGCAUCCACACCAUCACCAUCCUCCACUGGGCAUUACCUCUCGCUCCUCAAGCCCACCUCUUCGCCAAGUCUCUCGUUGCUUCAGAGCCUCGAGUCCGUCUCGUUGCUUUGCCUGAUGUUCAGAACCCUCCGCCAUUGGAGCUCUUCUUUAAAGCCCCCGAGGCUUAUAUUCUUGAGUCCACCAAGAAAACAGUUCCUUUAGUCAGAGACGCUCUCUCCACUCUAUUUACUUCACGUAAUGAAUCCGGUUCGGUUCGUGUCGUCGGUUUGGUUAUCGAUUUCUUCUGUGUUCCAAUGAUCCAAGUGGCAAACGAGUUUAACCUUCCUUCUUACAUUUUCCUAACGUGUAACGCUGGUCUUUUAAGUAUGAUGAAGUAUCUCCCUGAGAGACAUUGCAUAACUGCUUCUGAGCUAGAUUUAAGCUCCGGCGACGUAGAACAUCCAAUUCCCGGCUAUGUCUGCUCCGUGCCGACGAAGGUUUUGCCUCCAGGUCUAUUCGUGAGUGAGUCAUACAAGGCUUGGGUCGAGAUUGCAGAAAAGUUCCCUGGAGCCAAGGGUAUUUUGGUAAACUCAUUCACAUGUCUUGAGCAGAACGCAUUUGAUUACUUCGCUCGUCUUCGUGAGAGCUACCCUCCGGUUUACCCGGUCGGACCGGUUCUUAGUUUGAAGGAUCGUCCGUCUCCGGACCUGGACCCAUCGGACCGGGACAGGAUCAUGAGAUGGCUCGAGGACCAGCCGGAGUCGUCAAUUGUGUACAUCUGCUUCGGAAGCCUCGGAAUCAUUGGCAAACCGCAAAUUGAAGAGAUAGCUCAAGCCUUAGAACUCACCGGCCACCGGUUUCUUUGGUCCAUCCGUACAAAUCCGACGGAGAAAGCGAGCCCGUACGAUCUGUUGCCGGAGGGAUUUCUCGAUCGGACGGCUUGUAAGGGACUGGUGUGCGAUUGGGCUCCGCAAGUGGAAGUGCUGGCCCAUAAAGCGAUCGGAGGAUUCGUGUCUCACUGCGGUUGGAACUCCGUGCUGGAGAGUUUAUGGUUCGGUGUUCCGAUCGCCACGUGGCCAAUGUACGCUGAGCAACAGCUAAACGCGUUCACGAUGGUGAAGGAGUUAGGGUUAGCCGUGGAGCUGCGUUUAGAUUACGUUUCGGCGUACGGAGAGAUAGUAAAAGCUGAGGAGAUCGCGGGAGCCAUACGAUCUCUGAUGGACGGUGAGGAUACGCCGAGAAAGAGAGUGAAGGAGAUGGCGGAGGCGGCGAGGAAGGCUUUGAUGGACGGAGGAUCUUCCUUUCUUGCGGUUAAAGGAUUCCUCGACGAGUUGCUCGGCGGGGAUGUUUAGUUCUAUUAUAAACGUCGCCGUUGUGGCGUGUUUUGCUUUCAAUCGUUUCUAUUUGGUUUGGAUUUGGUUAGUCGGUUUAAGCUUAGACAUCAACUUGAAAUAAAAUUCCCAAGAAA